AUUCUUCCUCUCAGACGCAGCGGGUGAGCGAGGGGAGGACAGAUUGAGAUGUGUGUGCUGUUUGAAAGGAGCGUAACGUUGUGGGCUUUUUAAUUUAGGAGGGGGGUGAGAAAGAGGAGGAGUAAGAGGGAGGUCUGUCAGAUGCAGGAUUCCAUCACUCUUAGCAACCGUUGUUGAGUUACCACGGAAACCUGCGAUGUUCUCUGCUUCUCCUUUGUCCUCCUCCAUCGCUCCUUUCUCUCUCUCUCUCUCUCUCUCACUCUCACUCCAUCCCGCCUUUAUUGCUGGUCGACUUCCUCCUUGCGUUGCUACGGCGAUGCUCUGGGACAGCUGAGCUGGAUCAUUUUGCAGCCGCAGUGCCGGAGUGCAGAGCUCAGCUGUGAGCCGUGAAGGAAGUCGUCAGCCUCGUUUUCUUGUCGGAAUUCGAUCGAUGAAAAGAUGUCGUCAGUCUGUUGCUGCUCUUCAACUUUUUAAAAACACAACACUUUGUCUUGUGGCCUCAGACAUUUAACCCCUCUGCAACGGAUCGGAUCAUUUUGGGGAAAGUCCAGGCUGUCGGUGUCAUCGAAGGAAGUUGGAUGAAGUUCCAUCGAACCCAAAGUCGCCUCUCGGCCGUGAUCAGCGUCGAUGUUUUCACAACUCCGUCAGUCUGAAAGACGUCCGGACGCUUCAGACCAAAGUCAUUGUGAGCACCGAUACUGACAACAACAAAAACCUCCACCUCCUUCUCCUCCUUCACCACGCCGAGAUGAACGAGGAGACGGAGGAGUCGCAGCUGCCCAAGGAGCUGCUGGAGGCUGAGGAGCAGGAGGAGGAAGUGCAGCAACAGGAGGAAAAGCAGGGAGAGCAAAUGCCCCAACAGGACCAAGAACAGGAGGAGGUAGAGUCUGAGGGGGUGCGGCAGAAAGAGGAGGAGCAAAAUGAGGAAGAGGUGCAGCAGGAGCCGGAGGAGGUGCACGCUGAGCAGCAACUGCACACAGUGGAGGGGCAGCAGGAGGAGCAGAUGCAACAGGAGCAGGACGAGGUGCAGCAGAGUGAGGUGAUAGAGCAGGAGGAGGUGCAGCAGACUGAACAGGAGCAGAUGGAGGAGGAGCAGCAGAUUGAGGUGCUGCAGCAGACAGAGGAGGAGGAGGAGCAGCAGCAGCAGCAGGAGGAGGUGCAGACUGAGGAGCAGCAGACGGAAGAGCAGCAGCAGACGGAGCAGGAGCAGCAGCGGAUUGAAGGGGUGAAAAUUGAGGAGGUGCAGGACUUUGACUACGCUCUGGAGCAGAACCACAACAACCAGGUCCUGAUCCGACUGAGAGGGAUGCAGAAAUAUAAAUGUGCCUCGCAGAGGUUAAAGGGGGUUCUGGAGCAGAUGGACCGGGGAGUCGUGGACCUGCAGGAACUCCGCAGGAACCUGGAGCUCGCUGCUGCCAUGUUGGACAACGUUUACACUGAUGAGACCAAGCGUCUGUUGGACACCGAGGACGAGCUCAGCGACUUGCAGGCGGAGUCGGUGCCCAGCGAAGUACGGGAUUGGCUGGCAUGCACCUUCACCAGGAAGAUGGGUGUGGCCAAGCGUCGCCCUGAGGAGAAGCCGAGAUUCCGGAGCAUCGUCCAUGCUGUGCAAGCUGGGAUAUUUGUAGAAAGGAUGUACAGACGGACGUCCAACAUGGCUGGUCUGACCUACCCUCCCACAGCUUUGACAGCUCUGAAGGAAGUGGAUCACUGGUCGUUUGAUGUCUUUUCCUUCCACGAGGGCACCGGAGACCAUGCACUCAAGUUCCUGGUCUACGACCUGCUGAACCGCUAUGACCUCAUCAACAGGUUCAGGAUCCCGGUGCAGGCUCUGGUGCAGUUUGUUGAAGCUCUGGAGAACGGCUACAGCAAACACAAGAACCCCUACCACAACCUGAUCCACGCUGCCGACGUCACUCAGACCGCCCACUUCCUGAUGCUGCACACUGGACUGAUGCACUGGCUCAGCGAGCUGGAGAUUCUUGCGAUGGUUUUUGCUGCAGCAAUUCACGACUUCGAACACACAGGAACCACCAACAACUUCCACAUCCACACCAGGUCGGAGGUUGCCAUUCUCUACAACGACAGGUCGGUGCUGGAGAACCAUCAUGUCAGCGCCGCCUACCGGCUGAUGGCCGAGGAGGACAUGAACAUCCUGGUCAACCUGAACAAGGAUGACUGGAGGGAGCUGAGGGCUCUGGUGAUAGAGAUGGUGAUGUCCACAGACAUGUCCUGUCACUUCCAGCAGAUCAAGACCAUGAGGAACACCCUGACACAGACCGACAGUCUCGACAAAGUGAAGGUUUUGUCUCUGAUGCUUCACGCUGCAGACAUCAGUCAUCCAGCCAAAGCCUGGCCGCUGCACGACCGCUGGACUCACAGUCUGAUGGAGGAGUUCUUUAGACAGGGAGACAAAGAGGUGGAACUCGGCCUUCCUUUCUCUCCUCUCUGUGACCGCAAAGCCACCAUGAUCGCCCAAUCACAGAUAGGUUUCAUAGACUUCAUCGUGGAGCCGACUUUCAGCGUUCUGAUCGACACCACAGAGAAAGUGAUUGAACCUCUGAUAGAAGAGGACAGGAAGGCCAGAGAGACAGGAAACAGGAGGUCCAGUCUGACAGGAAGUGGUUCGGUUACUGUGGAGUCGGUGCAGAGACACAGUAGCGGUCGCUAUGGGAACAGCAAUGAUGGACAGAUGGACUUUUCCCUGACAGCCAUCGACCUGCCGGCUCUGAAGGUCCACUUAUCCGGCGUCAUCGGCAGUAACAAGGACAGAUGGAAAGAACUGUCUGUGCACGAGCUAGCCAAUAAGGAGCAAGAGGAACAAGAGAAAGUGGAGUCUAACGUCAACUCAGACGUCCAAUCCCAUGCCUCGCCCAGUCACAGUGUCCCUGAUGGACACACCUCUGACCAAUCACAGAACCCAGAGGGUUCCCCUCCUGAGGAACCUCAAGGCGACAUGUCGCCCGUCCACCUGUCCUGGAACGGGGCGGGGCCCAAGGAGCAAAAGGAGGAAGACCAAGAUGAAGUGCCUGAAAACGCCUGAUGGCGCUCCACGGCGAACUCACCGCUGUAUCUGACUGUGGCAGAUCACCAUGGCAACAGGUGGAACGGUGCAGUGACAACGAGGGUUCGGACUCCUCUGUUUAAACACAGCAGCUGGUUCGGUGGCCCCUCAGUGGCCCCCAAAGGGCCACUCGACCAUAUGUUUACAACUGACAAUGAAAACAUCUCAUUCAAAGAGACAACAUUCAUCAGAUAACAGCUUCUUAGCAGUGUCAUGGUCCAUUCACUGUGGUAAAAGUGUUUCAUGAUUUUAAUAGAGGCUCAGAGGAGCACUGUCUGUGAAAUAAGUGGAAAUAUCAACAUUUUUAAUUUUAAAUAAAGAUUGACGGGUGAAAACCACAGAGCGUACAGUUGCAGUUCACAGCUUAGGCAGGCUAAACUUCUAUUAUCUGGAGGAAUGAGACAUGGAGCUGUUGAGAAGCGGUUGUGGAGGUUUAGUGAAUGAAGCAGGCCUGUUGUGAUACACUUUUUAUUAGGAGUGUGAAGAGGGAUUUCUGCUCUGUUGUCUGUUCUGGGUUCAAAUAAUCAAACAUGUUGUGCUUCUGGUCACACCCCAAUAUAUGAUGUCAUAGCCACGAUAGCCACGUGGCUUUUGGUCCAGACUGAAAUAUCAACUAUCAAAUGGAUCGCCAAGAAAGAAGAUGUAUUGUAAUGACUUUGUUGAUCAUUUUAUUUUUCCUCUCGCGCCACAAGGUUGUUUUUUGUGGUUUUUUGAGUAAAAUGUCUUAACAACUA